AAAUUGUAUGCUUCUGUUUGAUGUUGCUAUUUUUUAUUGUUAAAUUAUUAGUCUGUUGCCAAUUUAAAAAAUAUAUAUGUAAAUCUUCGCUUUACCGGUUUUAAUUUUCGGUGUAUUAUUAUAGUGUAAACCAAUUCACAUGUAAUAUUUAUCGUUGAUAUUGUAUCCGGAAGCUUGUAUUUAUGUAAAUGCAAUAAUAUUUUAAAUCAUAAAUUAGAACUAUUCGGUGAAUAUAACCUUUAAGUCAGUAUGGCCGAUGAAGAUUUCAGCAAAUUAUUACAGCAAGCAGAGCAAUUAACUACUGAAAUUGAAGGCAAUGAAGAGUUGCCUAGAGUUGAACGAUCCUUGGGACAAGUGUUAGAAGCAUCACAGGAACUUUAUUCAAGGGUUAUUCAAUCUGGCGCCAAUGACAUACAAGCGCAUCUUUUAUUUGGGUCAAAAGGUAUUGAUCUUCAGCAAAUAUCACAGAAAUUGGAGACACUUAGCUCAAAACGAACAUUUGAGCCAUUACAACCCAUCGCUGAUUCUGAUAUAGAAAGUUUUUUGAGGAAUGAAAGGGAAAAUGCUAUUUUGUCACUUAUUGAUGAGGUGAAUAAAAAUUCUCUACAAACAACAGAAGAUCAAAAAUGGGAACACAUGCAGUCACAGUGGAACAGAGAGAAAAUCAAACUUAUGAAUGCAAUGAUAGGUCCAUCGCAGAAUUGGCUGGAUCUAAAACGUACUCCAGAACCACCAAGCAUAAUUGAUGCUCCAAAGAAGUUUGGUCACUCAAUGCUUGACAAUAUUGAGGCUGCGUAUGCCAGACAAGUCCACCAGUAUAAUAAGUUGGUAUUUCAAGGAUCAAAGUCAAGAACUGCAUUGCAUCAAAAAUUUGCACAAGUUGCUGAAGAAUUUAAUGAUCCUAAAGUGAAAGAGAUGUGGGAAAUUAUUAAAACAAUGGCCAAUAUACCCGCCUUGGUAAGGGAUGAAGAUCCUCUUAAGGCCAGAGGUAAUGAAACUAUACAACAAUGCCUCAUUGCACAAGGGAAAAGCUAUUUAGAGAAAAGAUAUAAACAAUACAUGAGUGAUGUAGUGAGGUCUAACCCUGCCGCCGCCAUGCGAGGGGGUGAACCAGGCACAUAUCCAUUGGUGAGAGGCUUUGUGGGACUGCGGCUUCACGGUCAAAGUGUCCAGGGGCUGACAGAUGGAGUCAUUGAUGACCGCCCACUCUGGCCUAUGGUAUACUAUUGUCUUAGAAGUGGUGAUGCUACUGCUGCAUUGCAUUGCUUACGUAAAGCAGGCCGUGAUCACGAAGAGUUUAUGUCGGCCCUAGAAGAACAUAUUAGAAACCCUGAGAAGCCACUAAGUGAUAAGUUACAAACAGCAAUCAAUUUCCAAUACAGAAUACAAGUGCGAAACUCGACAGACCCAUAUAAAAGAGCUGUUUAUUGCGUGAUAGGUUGCUGCGAUAUCAGUGAUGAGCAUACAGAGGUGGCGCGUACGGCUGAUGAUUAUUUAUGGCUUAAACUCUCCAUUAUAAAGUCACGUACUAGCAAUGAAACAGACUUUUUGUCCUAUUCUGAUUUACAGAAGUUAAUUUUGGAAGAAUACGGAGAAACACAUUACCAUGCAUAUGAAAAGCCACUUGUAUAUUUCCAAGUGUUGACAUUGACUGGGCAAUUCGAACCGGCUAUUGAGUUCCUGUCGCGAAUACCAAGAUAUCAGGUGCAUGGUGUUCAUAUGGCAUUGGCGUUACAUGAUGUUUACAUGCUCGGCACACCGCGUAAUGUUCAGGCACCAUUAUUGUCUGUGGAUACCGAUGACCCGACACCGCUUAGGCGUCUAAAUUUGGCGCGACUUCUGCUCCUUUAUGUUAGAAAAUUCGAACUCACGGAUCCAUCAGAUGCUUUGCACUACUACUUCUUUUUGAGGAAUCUCAAGGACCCCAGUGGCAAAAAUUUAUUCAUGUGUUGCUGUACGGAUCUCGCAGUUGAAAGUCGAGAUUACGACCUCCUUUUCGGUAGGAUGGACGCCGUCACAGGUUUGCGAAGUCUCGGCCUACUAGAUCAAUUUAACAAUCCCCAUAUUGAUAGUAAGGUCAUAGCACUCAAUGUAGCUGAACAACUAGUUAACAAAGGUCUCUUUGAAGAUGCUAUAACUAUGUAUGAUAUUGCCGGGAAUCUGGAAAAAGUGCUAGAAUUGUUCUGCGUGCUGCUCGCGCAGGUGGUGAACAGCGGUGGCGGCGAGGGCGGGCUGCGGCAGCGGCUGUCGCUGCUGGCCGCGCACGUCUCGCGCCGCCUGCGCUCCGCUGACGAGCCGCUGCCCGCCGCUCUCGUCGACGCCUACACUAAGCUCUGCAAUCUGAUGACCUUUUUCGAUCACUUCCACAGUGAGAACUAUGAGGGCGCUCUUGAGACGCUCCGUGAAUGCGAGUUAGUACCUCUGAGCACCAGUGAAUUGGAUGCGCGUGUCUCAGCAGCAAGGAAUGCUCGUGGCGAGUUGCUUCGCAGUUUGCCCGCUGUACUCCGCGCCCUGUGCACUAUACUACUGGCGCAGAGACAAAAGCUGCGGGCGGCCGCACAAGCACAACCACUGGCAGUACAAACUAAUAACAAGCAAGUGGAGUGGCUUCGUGAACAAGCCGAAGUCCUGAAUACAUUUGCUGGCAACAUAUCUUACAGAAUGCCUGGUGAUACCUAUAGUCAGUUAGCACAAAUGCAAAUACUGAUGCAUUAAAAUAUUGCCGCCGGUCGUUAAUUCAAUAAAUUAUGUUACAAAGAAAUAUAUUAAAUAUUUUGUACUA